AUGUCUGACGUGCCCCCCGGAACGGGCUCGCAUCGCAGCUUAUGUGCAGCACAAGGGCUGAGUGGCCAUAACAGACAACAACCGUGCGUGUCCGCCACAAAAUCACAAGGGAAGGGAUUGACCGCCGCACAGGAUGAAGCACUGCUCCUGUGCCACUUACGCCUCGUCUGGACCGUUGUCUUGAAAAACUCUGCCUGUAUGUAUGGCCGCAUCUACACCGGUCUGUCUCUGUACAAGGAUGCGAACUCGAAUGCAGCUUCGGUUGUGCGCCUAACCGUGGCAUCACCCGGUUUGUGUAUCAUGGCGCUGUUCGAAGAGGGAAAAAAAGGUGAACGAACACAGAAAAGGGUCCAACUGGAAUUAAUGACACAUAGAAACAUGAGAUGGGAAUCUUUUGCCGAUAUUCGUGCAGACCGAGGUAAACGGCUCCUGCGCUGCUCGGCCCGUGAGGUCAUCAAGGGUUUUGCUAAGAACAGAUUGUUGGAAAACGUAUUACACAAAGUAAAUGCCAUGAUUAACAGGAGUAGUAAUGAGAAAAUCGUCAAGUGA